GGAUAUAUUUUUUAAAGUGUGAAAGCAAUGCAGUGCACCUAUGAAUCUACUUGUAGAGCUAGCCUAGGACUGAGUUCACACUUAACAGACUUAGCACAUCUGCAGUAUUGUGACAGCACUACGUGUCUUGUUCCUAGCCCCUGCUAAUUUCACCUCAGGGCUGCACUGGAUUAGCAUCCCAGGAGGAAAUUUGCUCUGUGGAGUCUGUGACCAUACAGCUCUCUGCAACUUCCACACUGCAUUAAUCCGCCAGAAAGAGAUGGGAAUGGCCAAGAUCAUUGUUAUUCAACCCAUGUCUGCCUACAGAACGCUUCAGAGAACAAAACCCAAGCAGAGGCACAGUGUCCACCCUUCCUUGCACUAAACUUCCCAGGUGGAGUGAGGCAGGCUGAUACAGUCAGAGUGGAUCUGACCUCCUUCUCUCCACAUUUCACUUGCUGCACUUUAGAGAGAGAGACAACGGGAGAAGCCUGAUCAACAUGACUCACAUGUCAAACAUCCAUAAUAGUACAACCAGCCUCCAGCUGAUUAGUGCCCCAGAGAGUCCUGAAUUGAGAGACCUGGGUGGUCUUUUCAUGGCCUAUGUGAAAGAAUUUCUUGGCAAUGGUUCCAGCAAUGGACUUUAUUCAGCACUGUUGGCUAGAAAACUUGUUGGAGUCUCUAGACAGUCUUAUAACCCUUUCACUUCACAGCCUAAUUUGAAACAUUUGUGUGCAUGUGGUGAUUGGCAGUAAAAUACAGAAAAAUCUCAGACUGGAGGAAGUAUAGGCUUUGUGGGUUCCUCCCUAGGUCUCACCCAUCACUGACACAUCUGGGAUACAAAAAGGAAGAAUGACAGAAUGGGUCAUGUUUCAGCAGUGUGAACCCAUGGCAAAUUAGCUACAAAAUUCCUAGAGAGACAUUUACCUUAGCAAAAAUGUCAUGGCCAAAGUAAAGGUGGCUGGAAGAGGAUGUGAUUGUUUGUGCUACUAGAUUUACAACUGGAUACUUACAGUGAUCAUCUGUUAAAGGAUAUAUUGGGAAUAAACGGAAAUUACUCAGUCAUGUCUUAAAACCUGCAUGGUAUUUUUAUGUAAUUUUAUUUCUGUUUGGUUGGCAGCUAAGUGCUUAACUUCAGAGUUGAUUUCCUAUCUGUCUUUUGAUUAAAAUAUCUGUCAUUUCUAGUUUCACUAUAUCUCAGGAUUGAAGAUUUUGAGCUGUAGAACAAGUAUUUCAAGAUGAAACUGUCUCCUCCAACACCAAACCCUCUUGCACAAAGCUACUUCUAAUUUCCAACAAUUCAAGACUAUUUAUCAGAUAAAUAUGUUGUUUUCUUGGACAAAUCUACACAGCUGCAUUUGCAAAUUCUGUACAGUCUCACAGAGGUGCGGAGCAGAACCAAGUCUUCACGGGAAUUCUUUGGUGAUCACCUAUGAAGCUCCUGAUCUUGAAGCUGCACUUUUGCAAUGAAGAAAAGGAGACGGCUCGCUGCAAGUGUAAACGAAAAAGUUCAUCUUGGCCAUGAGAAAGAUACUUCAGAGCAGAUUCUUGUAGUGGACUGUGCGCAAGAAAUUGUCUCAAAGUCUGCAGAAAUAGCUCCUGCAGAUCAGAUUGAAUCUUCCCAAGAACUUUCACCGUCACCAGAGCAAAGGAAGCUCCUGAGUUCAUUGCAGUAUAACAAAAAUCUACUGAAAUACUUAAAUGAUGAUAGACAGAAACAUCCAUCAUUUUGUGAUUUACUCAUAAUUGUAGAAGGAAAAGAAUUUAGCGCUCACAAAGUUGUUGUGGCUGUUGGGAGUAGUUAUUUUCAUGCUUGUUUGAGCAAAAAUCCAAGCACUGAUGUUGUCACGUUAGAUCAUGUAACUCAUUCUGUGUUUCAGCAUUUGCUUGAGUUUCUCUACACCUCUGAGUUUUUUGUGUAUAAAAAUGAAAUUCCAUUAGUGCUGGAAGCAGCAAAAUUUUUAGAUAUCAUAGACGCAGUGAAGUUACUAAAUAACGAAAGUGUUUCCAGUGUACAGACUGACGUGGUAACUGAUGCACCUACACCAGUAGAAACACUCAGUGAACUGACAGGUAAACUAUUAAAUAGCCAUCAGUGCACUUUUUGUGGUCGAAGUUUCUGUUAUAAGAAGUCCUUAGAAAACCAUUUGGCUAAAGCCCACCGAUCCCUUUCACUGGAAAGAAAACAUGGGUUAAAAAUGGUUGAGAAGGCCAACUUUUCCAAUAGACGCUCUAUGAGAAGCCGUAAAUGUCCAGCUAAAUUUGAUAUCAGUGACAAUGAAAGUGCUGAUGCCUCUGACAGCAACUUGGAAAAAGUCAGUUCUGACAAGGAGACAUCUGAGAGAAGUGAAUUUGAAGACAGUGAAAGUGAGUGCAAUGUGGAUGAAGAGGGACAGGAGGAGGAAAUGUCAGCUGAAGAUUCGGAAUUUGAAGAACAAAGUGAAAAGGAACAGAAUGAUACUGAAGAGGGUUCUGAGGCAGUUGAUUCAGUGGGGAAUAUUCCUGAAGGCUUAGCUCCAGUCAUCAUUCAGAGCAGUAGCAAAAAACUACUGCAGUGUCCCAAGUGUGACAAAAAGUUUGAUCGAAUAGGCAAAUAUGAGAGCCAUACACGUGUGCACACGGGGGAGAAGCCUUUUGAAUGUGAUAUAUGUCACCAGCGCUACUCAACCAAGUCCAACCUGACAGUGCACAGGAAGAAACACUCCAGUGAUACCGACUUUCAUAAGAAGGAACACAAAUGUCCCUACUGCAAUAAGCUGCAUGCAAGCAAAAAGACUUUAGCAAAGCACGUGAGGAGGUUUCAUCCAGAGAAUGUACAAGAAUUUCUUUCUAUCAAGAAGACAAAGAGUGAAGGUUGGAAAUGUGAUAUUUGUAAGAAAUCUUUCACUCGAAGACCUCAUUUAGAAGAGCAUAUGAUCCUUCACUCUCAGGAUAAACCCUUCAAGUGUACCUAUUGUGAAGAGCAUUUUAAAUCCCGGUUCGCAAGACUGAAACAUCAAGAAAAAUUCCAUCUCGGGCCUUUUCCCUGUGACAUUUGUGGCCGACAGUUUAAUGAUACAGGAAAUCUGAAACGCCAUAUAGAGUGUACUCAUGGGGGAAAGAGGAAAUGGACAUGUUUCAUCUGUGGAAAAUCUGUCAGGGAACGAACAACUUUGAAAGAACAUCUGAGAAUUCACAGUGGAGAGAAGCCUCAUCUUUGCAGUAUUUGUGGGCAGAGUUUUCGUCAUGGAAGCUCUUACAGACUUCAUUUAAGAGUCCACCAUGAUGACAAGAGAUAUGAAUGUGAAGAAUGUGGGAAAACAUUUAUUCGGCAUGACCAUCUGACAAAACACAAAAAAAUUCAUUCAGGUGAAAAAGCACAUCAGUGUGAGGAAUGUGGAAAAUGUUUUGGCCGUAGAGAUCACCUUACUGUUCAUUAUAAAAGUGUUCAUCUAGGAGAAAAAGUUUGGCAGAAAUAUAAAGCAACAUUUCACCAGUGUGAAGUCUGUAAGAAAGUUUUUAAAGGGAAAUCAAGUUUGGAAAUGCAUUUUAGGACACAUUCAGGCGAGAAACCCUACAAAUGUCAAAUCUGUAAUCAGUCUUUUAGAAUUAAGAAGACAUUAACGAAACACAUGGUUAUUCAUUCAGAUGCUCGACCUUUUAAUUGCCAACACUGCAAUGCAACAUUUAAACGAAAAGACAAGCUGAAAUAUCAUAUUGAUCAUGUUCAUGGAUCAAAGGCUGCAGAAGAGGCAUUGGCAUCUUCUCCAGAGGAAAAGCUGGUCUCCUUACCAGUGCAGUACACCUCUGAUGACAAAGUGUACCAAAAUGAGGCUAAACAAUUUGUGGAGCAGUCCAAAGCAUAUCAAUCUGAAUCCAAAACUUUGUUACAGAAUGUAUCCACCGAAGUGUGUGUGCCUGUGACUCUGGUACCAGUUCCAAUGUCUGACCCACAAGCAGACCUGGUGCAGCACCCUGCUCAGUCACACAGCAUCCUGCCUCCACAGCCUGAGCAGGCAGAGUAUCAACGAGCCACGGAUCUGGCAUUUCUAGAGAAAUACACUCUUACUCCACAACCUGCAAAUAUUGUUCAUCCUGUAAGGCCUGAGCAAAUGUUGGAUCCCAGAGACCAGUCAUAUCUUGGAACUUUACUGGGGCUAGAUACAACUCCUACUGUACAGAAUAUUUCAAACAAUGAACAUUCGUGAUCAGACCAUAACAUUCCACCUAAUUUACUAGGUCAUUAGCCACCAGAAGGCUGAUAUGGCAAUGAAGAUUUAUAUUUUAUAUUUUAUUUGGACUCAUAAGUCUUCUGCAUAGUUUUGGAGAAACAAUUUGUUUACAUAAUAUUUGAACAUUUAGGCACAUUUUAAUGCAUACUGAAAGAGUGUUUCUUGUGAUUUUAAGAGUUUUUAAGAAUCUUAUAGAUGGUCUUUUAAAAAUAAUGCUCUUAAAUAUCUUUUAAGGAUAGUGGCUGAAAAAUGUCAUUACAUAUCUGGCUAUUAAUUUAAAAAAAUUGCCUUUCUGCAUCUCACUUUAAGUUAAUGUUUUAAGUGUAAUAGAAAGCAUUCUGAAAGAAUAAGGACUAUAUCAAAUUCAUUAAAAUUUGUAAGGGCAGACAGGGCUAUAAAACAGAAACUUUGAAUUAUGUUUCACACAGAAAUUAAUAUAUAAUUUUACUUGAACCCUCAGGCAUUUUUGGAGGGUUUUAAAGUCACGUGGACUCUGAAGCCUAGCCAGUGAACACAGGCACUAGGUUCUUCUGAAAAGGGAUUCUGUGAUAUUUUAUGAAGACACUAAACAGGGUGUUUGAUGACCCCCUGAGUACAGUUAGGCUGCCUAAAUUUGGCCUCUUAGUUCUUCCUUGAUCUCUAAUAUUGAAUAAUGUGGGAAGAUCUAGACAAUGGUAUUGUCUUAAUUUUCUACACUUAGUUCUAUAUAAUUUUAUAUGCAUUUUUUCUUGCUUUUUCAAUCUUGUUUGUCUUAUAAAGUGUACCCCACACUCUGACUUUGAAAGAAAAGGAAGUAUUUGCAAGGUCAUUUUAAUCUAUGAACAGUCAUGAAGGGUUGACAUGGUUCAUCCUUGUUAGAGCAUAAGUCAUACCAGAGUCCCACAUUAACAUGCCCAUUUUCAGGUUAUCUGAUAGAGGAGAAAUUUAAAGACUGUUCCAAAACAGUACUCAAUUUCUAUUUAAGAAAAAACAAUUAAUCAGUAAUUAUAAAUAUCUUGUGAGUUGCUAAUUAAAUUGUUUUGUUUCUCACUUUCUUGUACUGUGUUUAUAAAACCAAAGUCAAACUCCUGAGAGUAUUUUAUAUCUAAUUAUUUUUAGCUUUUUAUUUACUAAACAUAAGGGUUUUUUUCCAAAAGAACCGUUUUGAACUACAAGUUUGGUGUUAUCAUGAAAUCUAGUAUAAUUUAACCUCAUCAAGCUUUCUAUUUUAAGCCUUCUUUAAAAAUAAUUGUUCUGCGUUUUUUUGGUGAAUAUGAUGCCAAAGAAAGUAUCUGAAGUAAUUUCAUAAUUACUCGCAAGAAUUACAUCGGAUUCUCAUUAAGAUGAGAAUUAAGAUUCAAAUUUCCCCCCAGCUUUCCCUAGUCAUAAAUUAUUAUCUCAAAUAACCUUUAAAAUGGGAAACUGGACUUAUAUGAAUAAUUGUAACUGUUAAAUUUAUUCAAUGACCUGAACAUAAGUGAGCUGUGGGGAAGAGCUCUCUUGUCAUCACAGUUCUACAAACUCUCAAGUGGUGUGGAUCAUUUUAAAUCAUAUUCAGAUACUUUGGUGUUAAAUUCUGUCAAUCCUCAUCUACUUCAGUAUGGAGCAGUUUGCAGGAGAGGGGCCAGAACUGCCUGAAUGUUCAUAUUUUGAAGCUUGUACCCUAAUGGAUUCUUAACCUAAACACACCAAAGAUUUCUGUUAGCUGUUAAAUAGUGGCAGAGUUAUAGAAUUGUAAGUGUUAUCAAUAUUUAAAUAGGACUUAGCCAAAGAAGCACAAUAGAAGUCCUAAACUUUAAAAGUUUAGUUUCUAAAACAGGACUACAUAUGUUUAACUGUUCUGUCUUUGUAUCUCUAAAGCAAAAUUUAGAGCUGUGCUCUGGGAAUGUUCAGACUGACAUGCUGUAAAUAUAUCUGGUAAGAAGCUGACGACUAGCAAAUACACAGCAAUAACAAGGCCAUUGAAUGCCACCUUCUGAAAGGACGCUAUCAAGUACUACCCUUCCUGCUUUCUAACUCCACCUGCAUCUUCUUUCAAAAUAAAACUGUUUCUGUCGUCUUUACACUCCAUGGCUUGAAAAUGGCUGUUUUAUGUGAAGUUUUCAAGUCGACGUGUGUGUAUCGUAUUCAUAUUAUCGCAUGUGCACAUGGAACAUGGUUUCUAAUGCAUUUGUAAUUGUACUGUUAAAAAUAACCCAACAUCAGUGCUGUCAGUGCAGUGCUCAGACUAAAAAGUCUAACUCUUUGUUAUUUCUUGUCUUUUCUGUCCUACAGUAGAAAAAAGUAUUGUAGGAUUUUGACAAAACAGUGGCUUAAGAAUAGUCGGUAACUGAUUGUUUCUUUUAAAGUCCAGUCUGUUUGGAAGGCACUCCAGGAAAAUCUGAAAAUGGAAAUUGGGUCGUGUUUACUUGAUAAUGUCCUUUUAAAAAUUCUUUCAUAUUUGUGCCUUUUAUAUAUAUUCUGAAUAAUGGCUUUUUCUCUAGUUCAGUUGUUUAUUCAGAAAACAUUAAGGUCAAUAACUUCCGAAGGGCUUCAUGUUCUUGGGUGCCCAACAAGAACCGGACUAUAAAAGGACUCGUUUUUCAGAAAAACGAGCGCUCUCUUUGUUUGGGUGACCAGAAUUACUAGUCAUUCCUGGAAAAAAUGACCUACUAGUUCUUUGGUGUUCUUUUGUUUGCAGCUAACCCUAGUAGUUAGUGUUUUUACCUGCUGGUCAGGCUGGAUCAUUGCCAGUUGACAGUGAAAGAAAAUAGGAAAGCUUAUGUGUUAGAUACAUAGUUUUUAUUUUUAUUUAAUAUCAUGAGCUAUAAUUCUUAUGGCUUUACAUCUAUUUAAAAUUCAUAUAUAAGCAAAGUAAAUUUUCAUGGACUGGUACUUCAUUUGGUAGGUGGAAGUAUCUUGUUUUAGCUUGAUGGAGGAUAGUUCUUAAGAGGACUGAGUUGAAGAGCAGAGAUCUGCACCUUGCAGCUGCCUGGGUCAAAACUCCUUAAUGUCUGACACCUCCAUUUUAAUAUGUCUGUGUACUCAUGGGAGAAUGCAUGUCCUGUUGAUCUGGAGGAUACAUUUACAACAAAGGCUAUGUUUUAUCUGGCAGUCAUUGGCUCAGUUGAGCAUUUAUUGCCAAAGAAGGAAGAAGGAGGUGUCUCUUAAAAAUAUUUCUAAAGGAUGAUUAGUGGCACAUUGCAAAAAGUUGGUCUUUACCACAUGCUGAUCUUCGGAAAGAAGAGUGAGUCCAUGUUGGUACUCCAAACUGUGUGUGGUUCUGAGAACUUGUUGCACUCAUUCUGUUUAAACAUUGAAUUCUGUAUUUUUUGCUAUACAAAUUUCUGGGUUACUGCCUUUAAUUAUUUUAGUGAAUUUUAUGUUCAGUUUAUUUAUUUGAGCACUGACACUUUUCUUACAAAGGUAUGUCUCUCAUGGAUUCUUUUCACGCUGAACAUCAGUCAUUGUAAUGGUGAUGAUAUAUCUUCUGUAAGGCUGUGGUUUCCUUAAAACUAUAGUGCUACUUUAGUCUGGACUAUAAUUUGGGUAGUUGUUUUUAAAGAUGGGUUGUGCCAGACCAUAAUGACAAAAGAUUUAUUUGAUAUCAUCAAAGAGCUAAGCUCCUUUCCCUAGUAAUGAAUGUCAAAGAGUAUCCAGAACUGAAGAAUGCUUCCAAGGAGUCACCUCACGAUGUGCUUGAUUGAACAUGAAAUGUGUUAUGGACUGCUAAGGAAUAAAUGAAAUAAGUAACCCUCAAGUUUUUAAAUUUAAAAUAAUUCCUGUGUAGGAGUUCAUGAAUGUAGAAUUAUGAAUGAAUUCUGAGAAGGCUGUUGUAGAUGAAUAUGGGUUUUUUUCCUGAGAAUAUAAAAGAUGUGAAAUAUUGAACAUAACAUGCCUACCUGAUGCAGAGUGUGUUCCCCAUAUGCCUGAAGCUAAAGGGAAAUAGAGUGCAUUAUCUGUAGGUCCUUGUGACUGCUGUCAUGUGGGAUCUUUCUCUACAAUACGGUCUCAGUGAUUUGGUUGUUUCAUCGUGUGCAUUGAAGAAUGUCACUGGCAGAAUGUAAUGUGGGGCAGUCAUUUUGCUUAAGCCCAUAUACGGUCUUUUUCAUGGUUCAUAAGAAAUGUUUUGGUUUAAAAUUAUUUGAUGGAUUAAAGGUAAAAAUGGCAAAAUUUUUUUGAACCCCCAUAACCAUUUUGAUCAUGUUUAAAUGUUGGUCCUUUUAUAUGAAAGAAUAAGGUGAAAAGAACUCAAUAUUUUGUCACUGGUAUAUGAGAUAAUGUGUUUUAAAUGUGAUCUGUACAGGUUGGUAUUUUAGAUGGGAGUCUUUAAAGUUGUCUUUUUAGGGGAAAUCCUUUGCUGUAAGGUAAAGCUAGGAAGUGUACUGUAAAUGUAGAAGUACUCAGUCCUAUGUGUAAUUUUGUUUGCUAUGGAAAAGUAAAGUUCUUUUGUCUUAA